UGGGAAUCCUCAUCUAACAUCAAUCUUUAACAUCAUCCAGCUGAAAUGGGACAACAGAAGAGGAUUCUGCAGUGUAAUAUAGUGAAGAGAUGGAGAGAGAAGAUGCCUGAAAGGAGAGGUCGUAGAUGCCAGAAAGGCCUGAACUUGGAUUGGGGCUAGGAAUCGACGAAGCCUGGAAAAUCGGCGAAGGGAACGACCUGGAAGCGCAAUGGUUGCUGUGAGUGCCUCCCUAUGCCUGGCGAGCCGCUGGUGGAAUCCAGCGGCAGAUUCGACGGCGGGCUCACGGUUUGUCAUGGGACGCACGGAGGCAAUGGCUGGAAGCAGAUAGUGAUGUAAGGCUUAAACUGUGUUGCAUGAAUUUCUCAAGAGGAACGAAACAACGUUCUGUAAAUACCAUGUGAUAAUUAUAAAAGAUACUGCUUCCCAAUAAAACAUUGUAUCUCUCUCAGACAUUCUCUAUGAAGCCUCAGGACCUUACAUCCCCGCUACAAAUUCUGAAAAAAACAGAUCACUUGACGAAUCACUCUAAGUGCAGACAAUUAUCUGCAUGUGUGAAUUGUGGAAAAAGAUGACUCUUACCUGAUGCCCAAUUCUUGAUCAAGCUUUAAAAGGAAGCAAACGGAUAAAAAGAUAAGCUAUAGGACAUCUUCAUGUGGAGACAUAAUUGACUCAUUAAACUUACCUUCACAUUGAUUUAAACACGAAGAUCUAUUUGUAUAAAAACUCAAAUCAUAUAAUCAUCAUCAUUUAACCAACACACAUCAAAGUUGCUGGUGAACGCAGCAGGCCAGGCAGCAUCUAUAGGAAGAGGUACAGUCGACGUUUCAGGCUGAGACCCUUCGUCAGGAUUUAUUGGAUAUCCAUAGCAAAUUGUCAACUAUCAUUCAAGAAUUUUAAUUGAAAAACUUUCCACAACAGUAGUUCAAGAUAUUUGAAAACAAAAGAAAUGUCAAAACUUCAGAGGGUUUGUUACAUAUGUGGUAAGCAAUUUGGAUUGCAUUCAAUUGUCAUUCAUGAGCCUCGGUGCCUGGCGAACUGGCGGAUUGAGAAUGAGAAAUUACCAAAGCACCAACAAAGACCAGAACCCAAAAAACCAGAGCCUGUAAAAGUAGGUGGUUCACUUGAUGAUAAUGUUGCAAACACAGCACUAUUCACAAGCAGAAAUGACCAGCUCAAUCCCUGCGAAAACUGUGGUCGGACAUUCCCACCUGAUCAACUUUCUGUGCACCAAAGUAGCUGUAAAUCAACUCAUGGAGGCGCAUCAUCGGAAAUACCUCAGUCAAGCACAAGUUACGAAUCUCCAUCAGCAGCUAGACGUCCACAAACAGUGUUCUGCUACAUUUGUGGUCGAGAAUAUGGAACGACAUCAAUAAGUAUCCAUGAGCCCCAGUGCUUAAAAAAAUGGCACAUUGAAAAUGACCAGCUUCCAAAGCACCUCGGGAGGCCUGAACCCAAAAAACCUGAAGUCAGGCCUAUAAAGGAUAAAGGAACAUAUGAUAUUGAUGCUUUAAAUGAGGCAGCUUGGAGAAGCUCCCAAGACCAGCUGGUGCCUUGUGACAUCUGUGGGCGUACUUUCCUCCCAGACAGAUUGAUUGUCCACCAGCGUUCAUGUAAACCAAAGUAAUCACGCUGCCGAAUAAAGCCAAACAACCAAGGAAUGAUACUUGACUGUCGGGGAUAAUUCAUUUACUCUAAUAAA